AUGGAAACGGCCACAAUAAAACAAAAUAGAACAACCGCAGUAUCGUACGAGUACAAUACCCAAAUAAAGGUGUAUUUUAAAAACACCAUAGGAAAAGGAACAUUUGGGAAAGUCAAAUACUGUGUAGCAAAGGUAAAUAACAAAACUAUUGGCUUUGCUGUGAAAAUCAUCAACAAAAAAUCUUCAAUAUGUCAAUGCAACAAAUCGGCGAUUAAACGCGAAAUUAUCAUUUCAAAAAAAGUCAAUCAUCCAAAUCUAAUAAAAUUCAUUAAAAUUAUCAUACAUAAUCAUUACGUCUACAUGUACAUGGAAUACUGCAAGAAUGGCGAUAUGUGUAAAACUGUUGAAAAAUACGGUCCUUACGUGGAACAUGAUGCAUGUUUUCUAUUUUCUCAAAUUGUGGCAGCAAUCGAGUACCUUCAUAGCCUGGACAUAGCGCAUAGAGACCUUAAGCCAGAAAACAUAUUACUGAACCAUCAAAAUGAAGUGAAAGUGGCUGAUUUUGGAUUGUCAAUUUUUUGUAGAGAAUCGUUGAGCGAUAAACGAAUAUUGUUGUUAAGUUGCUGUGGUACAAGGAUGUUUAUGCCACCGGAAGUAUUGAUGAGUUCAAAAAACGGAUAUAACGCUAAAUUCUUUGAUAUUUGGUCAAUGGGAGGUGUGCUGCAUUUUAUGUUGACCGGCCAAGUACCGUUCGACGACGGCAGUGUUAAACAGAUUGUCGCGCAACAGGUGUCGGGCGACAUUGUUCUCCUCCGACCGACGUACAAGCGAACGGUUUCCUCGCCAGCUAAACAGCUUGUACGGCACAUGCUCGAACCAGACGUUCUAAAGCGGGCACGCAUCGCUGUCAUCAAACGAUCAAAAUGGAUGACUAUGAUGACUUAA